AUGUAUUAUUUCAAUAUUCUAAAUUUAAUUGGUUGUACAGAUGUAUUAACAGAACCAGAAGUAUCCUUAACUGAAAAGGCUAGAAAGUAUCUUAGAAAUGGCGUGUCUAAUGUUAAAAAGCGUGUUAGUGAUUUUAAAGAGUCUUGUAAGAAUGGAUUUGAGAAUUUUAAAAGAAAAUUAAAGGAUAAGAUUGAUAAUAAAUCUAAAGACCAAGAAGCACUUGAUUUUGAGAACGAAGAGAAUCUUAAGAAACUUGAAAUUUUCCUCAAAAAUCUCUCUCAACAGAUGGAAGCUAUUGCACGACUUGAAAAUGAAAAUAACAAAGUGAAUGAUGUCGUUAAUGAAGAUAAGAAGGAAUCAAAAGAUCAAGAAGCAGUUGAAGAAGAUGCUGAUUCUGGUACCGAUAAAGAAGAAGAAAAGAAAGUUAAUGAAAGUAACCAUACUGAACUUUAA